GGAUCCGUCGAACCAUCUCGCGCUCUCGCCUUCCUUCGCCCUUCCUCCCCUCCUCCUCUGCGCCUGAGCACAACGAUGGCAGCCGUCGAGCUGGCGCACCAAUCCAUGACGACCAUCCCUAACGGGGAUUUCACGGGAGAUGCUCUAACCGGGAAAGCCUUCACCGCUUCCGCUGAGAAAAAGAAAGCCCGCGAGAGCGAGCGCCGCCGCAGGAGGCGGAAGCAGAAAAAGAACGACAAACAAUCUUCGUCUCGCUCGGAAGAUCUCGGAGAGGAGAUGGUUUCUCAGGAAGGGAAAAUAGAAAGGGGUGCUAAGGCGAACUCCGAUUCUCACACCGAGGUUGAUGUGACAGUGGAGGUGGAGUAUGUUCCUGAGAAGGCUGAUAUAGAUGCGAGCUUGCUAGAGGAAUUUAAGAGUGUUAUUGAGAAGUUCAACUUCAGGGAUGAUGCUGGUGGUGAGGAUGAUAUCAAAAAGGAUGAAACCACUGGCAAUGCAGUAGCCAAGAAAGGAGAUUCUGAUUCAGAAGAGGAUGAGCAGGAGUCUCAUCAGAAGGAGAAAGGACUAUCAAACAAGAAAAAAAGGCUUCAAAAGCGAAUGAAGAUUGCAGAAAUAAAACAAAUUUGCUCAAGGCCAGAUGUAGUUGAGGUCUGGGAUGCAACAGCAGCAGAUCCAAAGUUGCUUGUUUUUCUUAAGUCAUAUCGUAAUACUGUGCCAGUUCCACGGCAUUGGUGUCAAAAAAGGAAAUUCCUUCAGGGAAAGCGUGGUAUUGAGAAACAGCCAUUUCAACUCCCUGACUUUAUUGCUGCGACUGGCAUUGAGAAGAUAAGACAGGCAUAUGUUGAGAAAGAGGAUAGCAAGAAGCUGAAACAAAAACAGCGUGAACGCAUGCAACCAAAGAUGGGGAAGAUGGAUAUAGAUUAUCAGGUCCUGCAUGAUGCAUUUUUCAAGUACCAAACUAAACCAAAGUUGACAACCCAUGGAGAUCUAUACUAUGAAGGAAAAGAAUUUGAGGUUAAACUUAGGGAAAUGAAGCCAGGUAUGUUGUCAAAGGAACUUAAAGAAGCACUUGGGAUGCCUGAUGGCGCACCACCUCCAUGGCUUAUUAAUAUGCAGAGGUAUGGCCCUCCUCCAUCCUACCCCCAGUUAAAGAUACCUGGUUUAAAUGCUCCCAUCCCUCCUGGAGCCAGCUUUGGUUAUCAUCCUGGAGGUUGGGGUAAACCUCCUGUUGAUGAACAUGGACGCCCACUGUAUGGUGAUGUUUUCGGGGUACAACAGCAGGAUCAACUCAUCUAUGAGGAAGAGCCAGUUGAUCGGAGUAAACACUGGGGAGAUCUUGAGGAAGAGGAAGAGGAAGAAGAAGAAGAGGAAGAAGAGGAAGAGAUGGAAGAAGAGGAAUUGGAGGCUGGCAUUCAGUCUGUUGAUAGCCUUUCGAGCACUCCCACUGGUGUAGAAACACCUGAUGUCAUUGAUUUAAGGAAACAACAGCGCAAGGAGCCUGAGAAACCACUUUAUCAAGUUCUUGAAGAGAAGGAAGAAAGAAUUGCUCCUGGCACUUUGCUUGGAACCACACAUACUUAUGUGCUUGGGGCACAAGAUAAAGCAGCUCCCAAAAGGGUUGAUCUUCUACGCGGUCAGAAAUCAGACAAGGUUGAUGUCACUAUACAACCCGAGGAGCUGGAAGUCAUGGAUGAUGUUUUAGCAGCCAAGUACGAAGAAGCACGAGAGGAAGAGAAGCUACGGAACCAAAAGGAAGACUUCAGUGACAUGGUUGCGGAGCAAGCUGCAAAUAAGAGGAAACGCAAAGAAAAGGAAGCAAAAUCAAAGAAGAAAGAUUUCAAGUUCUAGAUUAUCUUUGAUGAGUUUGCUACUUGAUGAAAUCCUUGGACGUGUAAUUUAUGCCUAGAAUUUUAGAUUAUCUAGUAGUCCUGGGCAUUCUAUGUCAAUGAGGGAAGCCUUCUAGCUCUGAGUGGAAUCCCAGUGGUGUUACGUUUCUUUGAUUUUGCUUAAGGAUCAUCCUAUAUCGAUAUUGACAUGCGACAUGUAGCACUUAAUGGAUUUUAUUGGCAAAAUGGCAUUGAUGAUA